CUUGGGUCCUGUGUUUGCGCUGUUUGUACCAUUUUAUUCCUCCAUUCCAAGAGUACAGGUGACACAAGUAUUAGGCCACUUUUCUAUCACAAACAAGACUCUGGUCUACAUACUGGGUUUACAGCUCUUAACCUCUGGUUCCUACAUCUGGAUUUUAGCCUUAAGUGGAUUGAUUUCUGGGAUUUGCUACAAUAGCAGUAUAUUAAAAGUUCAUCGAAUUCUUUGUGUACCCAGAUGGGUAGCAAAGAUAUUUUCUUGGACUCUUGAACCAAUCUUCUCGUCUGCGGAACCAACGAAUGAAGUUCGAGUAGGAAUGGGAGCAACAGUUGACAUCCAGAGGCAGCAGAGAAUGGAGUUACUGGAUCGCCAGAUCAUGAUGUCUCAGGUUGCCCAAAUGAGGCGGCAAAGACAGCAGCAGGGUGGGAUGAUAAACUGGAACAGACUGUUUCCUCCGUUACGUCACAGACAUAACGCGAACUAUCAAGAUCAUCGCCCAUCUGAACAAGACAUACCUCCACCUACUGAGGUUUCUGAAGAGCAGGUUGCACGACUUAUGGAAAUGGGAUUUUCCAGAGGAGAUGCUCUAGAAGCUCUGAGGGCUUCAAAUAAUGACUUAAAUGUAGCCACUAAUUUUCUACUGCAGCACUGAUGGUUUUGUGUGUGAAGGAACUUCACUCGAUGGUUUGUACAUGCCUGGAGGAGGAUCAAAGCCACCUGCUGGGCAGACUCACCAAGGUCAGCCCACAAGAGCGUCCGAAAAGAGAAACUGGCCCCGCAUGACUGGUGACUCAAAGUGAUGAUAAGAAAUGAUAUGAACUGUUCCCAAGCCUUCAGUUCACUUGGUGGUUUCUAGUCUGGUUUUCCUUUACAAAGUAACUUUAGUUUCUACUUGUUACUGGAUACCACCAGAAUUUAUUUCUAAAAUAAACUAGGUGGUUUUCUUCUCGUAAGUCCUUGUUAGACAUGUUAUCAGACAUAAUGACUAGGAAAAGCAGCUCCAACAACCACAACAACUAGAUUUACCUGUCAAGAAAAAUCAUAUUUUCUUCAUUUACAAGUCUAAUUCCUCUAGCUUACAUCUUAUUUUGCAGUACUUGACUUUUGAUUACAGUAAUAGGAGGUUUGAAGAUCAUUUCGUUUUCAGCUUGGCAAAGGAUUAUGGGACUAUUAUGUUAUUCUUUGCAAAGUUUUAUUAAUGCCUGUAAUAUUUUAUUUCUCAAAUUCCUUUUUAAAUAAAAUUUGUCAUUCAGUACAUAACACACCGAUAGGAUGAGAGAAAACUCACGUGUGUAUUGCAAGCGAUGGUGAGUGACCUCUGUAAGUCCGAGUUGGUACAAGCUGAGUGGAU